AUGAAAAGCAUGAAAGCAGGUAAGGCAGCUGGAUAUGAUAGAGUAUCACUCGAGAUGCUAAGGGCUGGAGAGGGAGUGGUGGCAGGCCUGCUGUACACCUUGUUUAAUUUAUGUUGGGAAUUAAAACGGGUACCAGAUGACUGGUGUAAAGCAGUUAUAGUACCAAUAUAUAAAGGAAAAGGGUCACAGCAGGACUGCAAAAACUACCGUGGUAUCAGCUUGCUUAGUAUUGUGGGUAAACUGUAUGCUAAGGUGUUAAUUGAAAGAGUUAUGAAAGAAACUGAUGGAAAAAUUUGGGAUGUGCAAGCGGGUUUUAGAAAGGGAAUGGGGUGUACAGAUCAAGUCUUUUCCAUGCGCAUGAUUGCGGAGAAGUUUUUGACUAAAAACCAGAAAGUUUUUUGUGCGUUCAUGGACUUGGAAAAGGCUUAUGACAGAGUGGACAGGAAUGUGUUAUGGCAAACACUGAACUCAUAUGGGUUGAGCGCUGGUUUGAUACAGGCAUUGAGGUCUCUUUAUAGGAACUCUAGUGCUUGUGUCAGGAUCAAUGGGGUCUACUCGGACUGGUUUGGCAUCCGAAAGGGUGUCAGUCAGGGCUGUGUGGCUUCCCCUUGGCUGUUCAACCUAUUUAUGGACAGUUGUUUGCAAACUUUGAAAGAUGAAGAAUGUGGGUUAAGAAUGGGCGAGUUAACCGUCAAAUGCCUUUUGUAUGCCGAUGAUCAAGUCAUAUUUGCGUCAUCGGCGGCUGAGUUGCAAAUGAUGGUUACAUCAAUGAACUGGGCAUUAAAAGAAAGGGGAAUAAAAGUGAACGCAAGUAAGACGAAAGUGAUGGUUUUUGAAAGAGAGGAAAGCAAAACGGUAUGUGAAAUAAGAAUAGAAGGAGAGUUAAUUGAACAAGUGGAUGAGUUUGUGUCUUUGGGAUGUGUAUUUAGCAGGGAUGGUAGAUAUGAUAAGGAUAUAGAACGACGAGUAAAUGCAGGCAAUAGAGUGAAUGGGGCACUACACUCUAUUGUGAAGAACCAGAAUGUAUCAAAAAAGGCACGUAUGGUGAUGGCGCGAUACAAAUGCAAAGGCAUUCGAGGUAAUUGGGUGGAAGAUGAUAUGAAGUUCGCUAUGUCUGCUGUAAAGAGAGGGGUUAUGAGAGUGAACACAGCUGCAAAGAGGUUUAAUGUACCAAGGCGGACUCUGAGACGAUAUUUGGCAGAAAACAAAAACACUAAAUCCACCUUGGGUAGAAAACCAUUGUUAAAUUCGGAUCAAGAAAACGAUUUGAAAUCCCGCAUUAUCCGACUUUGCAGCGUUGGUUACCCACUAACACAGCGUGUAUUACGUUCAUGUGUUAAAACGUUCUGUAAUGAACAUAACAUUUUAUCCAAAAGUCAAGGAGUUAUGAUUGGACGAGAUUGGUUGAGGAGAUUUUUAAGACGGCACCCUAAUAUUAGUAAACGUAAAGCCCAAAAUUUAAAUCCCGCCAGAACUCAAAAGCUUAAUAAGGCAGUAGUGUCUGAUUACUUUGCGAAAUUAAAGGAUUUAAUGAAAAAAUAA